AUGAAUGAGCCAAAAGUAUUGUCCAAAUCCAUCACCGCCGUUGCCCGGCGAAACGGCGGCGGUAGAGGAAGUGAAUCUUACCGGUUAGCUGUCCAAGUCAUCCAAGGGCGGUGGUUCUCACUUUUCGCCUCCUUCCUAAUCAUGGCCGGCGCCGGUGCCACUUACCUCUUCGGCAUCUACUCCAAAGACAUUAAAACCACCCUCGGUUACGACCAAACCACCCUAAACCUCAUCGGCUUUUUCAAAGACUUGGGUGCCAAUAUCGGCGUCAUCUCCGGUCUCAUCGCCGAAGUCACUCCAACAUGGUGUCUCCUCCUUAUCGGCGCUGCCGUGAACUUCACCGGGUACUUCAUGAUAUGGCUCUCCGUCACCCACCGCUUACCGGAGCCACGUAUCUGGCAAAUGUGUCUGUACAUGUGCAUCGCCGCCAAUGCUCAGAACUUCGAGAACACCGGCGUCCUCGUGACAACCCUCAGAAACUUCCUGGAAAAUAGAGGGGUUGUUCUGGGUCUUUUAAAAGGCUUCACCGGAUUAAGUGGAGCCAUAAUGGCUCAAAUUUACUUGGCCGUGUAUGGCGAUGAUUCAAAAGCUCUUAUCCUUCUUAUUGCAUGGCUUCCGGCAGCUUUAUCGGUGGUUUUCGUUUACACGAUCAGAGAGAUAAACGAUGUAAAAACAAAACCAUCCAACGAGCUUAGGGUUUUCUACCAUUUCUUGUAUAUAUCCAUUGUUCUAGCGUUGUUCAUCAUGGGCAUCACCAUAGCUCAAAAGCUCGUGACUUUUUCACCGGUGGCUUACGCCGGAAGCUCCACCGCCGUCUGUUUUUUACUCUUUUCACCUCUCUUUAUCUCAAUUAAACAAGAACUAGCCAUCUUAAAGAACACCAACCAAGAAUCAAUCAUCGUCUCUGAGGUCGAAGCACAAAAUUUAGAUCACGAACAAGAUGAAGAACAAGAACAAUCAAAACCAUCUUGUUUCGAAUACAUUUUCUUGAACAAACCGGAGAGAGGCGAAGACUACUCGAUCUUACAAGCACUUGUAAGCACAGACAUGACGAUUCUUUACGUAGCAACUUUUUGUGGGCUUGGAACAAGCUUCACAGCCGUCGAUAACCUAGGUCAAAUCGGCGAAUCAUUAGGGUAUCCAAGAAAAUCUAUAAGCACAUUCGUGUCACUCCUAAGUAUUUGGAACUAUUUCGGAAGAAUCUUCGCAGGUUUUGUUUCGGAACAUCUUUUAGUUACAUACAAAUUCCCAAGGCCUCUUAUGAUGACACUAGUUCUUCUUCUUUCAUGCAUGGGCCACCUUCUUAUUGCUUUUCCAUUCACGGGGUCUGUUUAUAUCGCGUCUAUAAUCAUCGGGUUUUCUUUUGGUGCACAACUUCCCCUUCUUUUUGCGAUUGUUUCAGAGCUAUUUGGACUAAAGCAUUUUACCACAUUGUUCAAUUGUGCACAACUUGGAAGCCCACUUGGGUCGUAUGUUUUGAAUGUGAGGGUGACAGGUCCGAUGUAUGAUAGGGAGGCGAUGAAGGUGUUGGAAAGAAGAGGGUUGGAUAGAUCGGUGGUGAAGGAGUUGGUUUGUAUUGGGAAGCAAUGUUAUAGGCGAUCGUUUAUGGUGUUGGCUGGUGUUUGUUGCUUUGGAGCCUUGGCUACACUUGUUUUGGUGGCUAGAACACGAGAGUUUUACAAUGGUGAUGUUUAUAGGAAGUUUAGGGAGGAAAAAGGGAUGAAGAAGACACAAGAUUCGAGUUUAUAA